UUUAACUUGCACUUACAGAUUUAGCGACAAACUGUAUUUACUGGCAGUGGUUUUCUGAAGGGUUCCUGAGCCCAUGUGGUGAUGUCCUUUACACAUUGAUGUCGGUUUUUGAUAGAGUGACACCUGAGGGAUCGAAGGUCACGGGCAUUCAAUGUUGGUUUCCGGCUGUGCCGCUUCCGUGCAGAUUCUCCGAACCUUUCGAUGAUAUUAUGGACCGUAGAUGUUGAAAUCCCUAAAUACCUUGCAAUUGUACUUUGAGAAACACUGUUCUUAAACUGUUCAACUAUUUGCUCACGCAGUUGUUCACAAAGUGGUGAACCUCGCCCCAUCCUUGCUUGUGAAUGACUGAGAAUUUUUGGGGAAGCUGCUUUUAUACCCAAUCAUGGCACCCACCUGCUCCUAACUAGCCUGUUCACCUGUGGGAUGUUCCAAAUAGGUGUUUGAUGAGCAUUCCUCAAAUUUCUUAGUAUUUCUUGCCACCUUUCCCAACUUCUUUGUCACGUGUUGCAGCCAUGAAAUUCUGAGUUUAUAAUUAUUUGCAAAAAAAGAUAAAGUUUAUGAGUUUGAACAUUAAAUAUCUUGUCUUUGUAGUGAAUUCAAUUGAAUAUAGGUUGAAAAGUAUUUGCAAAUCAUUGUAAUCUGUUAUUAUUUACGUGUAUCACAAUUUGCCAACUUCAAUGGAAUUGGGUUUUGUAAUAAGUGUAUGUUUUUGGUUGAUGUACCACUCUAACCCGGGAGGCAAAAUUUCCUACCUUGUUUCUCUUCAUUCUCAUGGAGUGGGAGGAAGGAGGUUGAAGUAAUGCUGUCACUGCUCUCAGGAAUAGUUGGUAUUGCAGGAACAGGAGGCUCAGAUCUCAGCAGCUGGUGACUAACUGAAGAGAAGUAUCUGUCUGCUGCUUUCUUCUUGUUCCCACCUUUUUGUUUCCUAUUCGACUCUGGUUCCUCCCAGCUGACUCCCUGCCUGUGCAGGUCCAGACCCAGGGAUGAGCUGCCUUUCCUCUUAUAUCUGGGACAUAAAGAAGGUUUAAAAAUUAUUGGCAACAUAACAUUACAUCGCGUUUUUGAACCAUAGUAAAUGUUGUCUUCCUGAAAGCCAUUUUUUGGUGCUACUUGGACUUGGAAUUUGCCCUACCUUGCUACAUCUCCUCUGUACAGGGACUUGUACACCCAGUUGGCUGGGUCUGCUUUAUGGUCAAUACAGAACAGCUGCUCUGUAGGUGUCUGGAGGUCAUCCAACCAAGAGAAAUGACUUGCUAGUGCAGAAGGUUUGGGACUGCGAACAAACCCACAAACAUAUCAGCUAUAACUAAAAAUCAGAAGUAGGCAGCAGUCCUGCAUGCAAAAUAAAUAGUAAUGCAUGUAGGGUGUUAAAAGUUGUGUCCAUACCCAUCAUCCUCUUCUUCUCUUUUCAGAUCACUGGGGUAUACAGUGUCAGAGUCAGACCCACUGCUGUCAGAACAUCGUCCACUUUUCUUUUUGUGUUUUUUCUUCUUUUUCUUCUUCCUUUCACUCCUCUUUUUCUUCUUCUUGUGCGGCACAUUACUCUCUUCCCUUUCCUCCUGCUCUGCAGAGCUUACAUCUCUACCAACACUGAGGAUUAAAAUGUGACUUAAUUGUAAUGAGAUUUAUGGAGACUCACAACAAGCUUUGAACAGAAGUAAAAAUGCCAAACAUCAAAUUAAAUAACUAUUAUACUCAUUUGAAAGUAAAUUAAAUACAGUUUCACAUUUCUACACUGGGCAAAGGAUUAAAUUUAGAAAAAAACGUGCAAAACAAAAAAUAAGAACACAGUAAUGAGGAAGAAAAUGUAAUGAAGAAUUCAGGUAACAAAGAAGUGAAAAAGAAGCUUUUAUAACUGAAAUGUGGGACACAUUAAUAACAAUUUAAAAGACUGUAUAAACUCAAGAGUCUUAUGCUGUGCUUCAUGACUUUUUUGUACCUUGAUUCCUUUUCUGUCUGCCUCUCACUAAUCUUCUCAAUGAACCGGUUAUGAAGGACGACAGCAUCGCUGGUCUGAAAGCUUUUAUUUGUCAGCCAGUCUAAUCCUACAAAAAGAGAGUGGAGCAAAAACAUAGCGGUGAGCAUUGACAAGAGGGAUUGGGUAGGGAUGCAUGACAUUACUGGCACACUAUCAGUACUGCCUUAAAGAUAUGAAAAAACAAAAGCCAAGGACCAAAGUCAGUGAGCUCAAACAGUACAGGACUCCAAGUACACGGCUGCAUUUUAAAGAAGUCAUCAGACCCCCUGCUAAUUACGUUUCCAUGACACCCAAUAGCAACAAGAAAGAGUUGUAAAAAACAUUAUUCAAAUGGGUUCAGCACCAGGCAGUCAUUACUUUUAGACGGAUCCUCAACGUUGUUAGUCGCCUCAUCGGCAAACGCUGGAAACAGAGCCAUGACAGUUGUGUUGCAUGGAAACAGUCGCACGAAUGUGACGUCACGUAAACGGCGCGUUAGAUUAAAACUACAUUUAAAAAAAACUAUACAAUUAUAUUUAAAGUACAGAUAAAAUUAGCAUAAUGCAUUUUUAAACCCACCACCCCACAAAAAAAACAACAACAAAAAAACAACAUAUAUAUGUAUCAGCAUAUCACUAGCUAUUUUGUUGUGUUUUUGUACACUAUCCCCACGUUUAAAGAAUUUAUGAAAACAAACAUACAAAAGGUCAAUCUCUUAAAAUCUUGAAUUAUAUUUUAUUAAAUAAAAAGUGUCUUUUAUAGAUAUUUGAUAAACUACACAAAUGAAAAUCAUCAGAGACUAUACGGUUUUCAAUUGUCAUAGAAGCACUUUGAUUCCUUUUUCAUUCAGUGAAAGCCAUGGAAGAAAAAGUCAUCUGGAAGAAUAGAAAAAUGUUACUACUUUAAAACACCAAUCGAAAAGGAUUUUGUUGUUGUUUUCUAAUAAUAAAAAAAAAAUCAUUGACGUUUGGGCUUCAACUUGUUCGCUUUGUUGCACACAUGGAGUCAGAUUUAAUCUCAAACCCAGAUAUUUACACGCUGUAGAAGACAGGCAAACUUUACUAACUUGCAAAAGGCUAUCUUAUUCCUAACAAAAGUAGCUUUCUGUGACAGUGACUAAAGAGCCAUUCAUUCUCAUAAGAGUGUCAGAAAGUAUAAAUUGUCAAACAAUAAAAUAUGUAAAGACUCUUGAAACUAGCAAUAAAACUCCUAGACUGUAGGGGGGGAGUUAACGUCCGGUUAAGACUGAAGACUCCCCACCACCCUCUUGUGGCUAAAAAACAAAAUCAUUUUUUUUCUUUGUGGGAAACACCACGAGCUCAUUAUCAUUAUUUUAUCUUCAAAAAGCCUACACACGAGAGAAAACACGCGUGUUUCUGUUAAUCGUUUGAGAAUGGGCCUCCCAUAUGGCAGUUUUUGUUGGACGUCGUGUUUAUUACCCAACACUGAUGUUGGUGUAAUUUUCUUAUUUUACCGUCAAGCACCAUCUAAUCUCAUGACACUGCUUUUAGGGGCAGUUAGCGUACUUCAGUUUAACCCCGUUAUGAAAUUACUGUUAGACGUUCUUGAAAUCAAACUUUUGCGUUAAGACGUGGCUGAACACGCCAAAACAGGGAAAUUCUGUGUCCCCCACACCAGAGCAGUGGGUUAAAACAGAGUGGCGACACUCCCAUAGGCAUACGCUGUAGAGCCCGGCGGACCCCACUUCCGGGUUAUGGAAUUCUUAAUAGUUCCAACCAGAGCAGUGGAUUAAACAUUUAAUCUGCCCCAUACCAUAGAUUUAUGCAGAUAAGAUGUUUGAAUUCUAUACGUGUUACCACGACAACCCAAAGCGCCAACCAAUCAAACUCGAAAAAGUUUUCUCUCGACCAAUAAUAUCUCGCAUUUGCUUUGACUGACAUUUGACUUGUCCAAUUGCAGAUAUCGACUGCGUAUAUUUGGCACUGCCUGCGAGUUUAGGUUAGUCCGUUACUUGAGUCCAGAGCGGUAACAACUUGAUCUACUUCCGGCGAAAAGAAGUGUAAAUUUUCGAGAAAAUGAGGGAAAUUGUACAUCUGCAGGCAGGCCAGUGUGGCAAUCAAAUCGGAGCAAAGGUACGAAUAUAUUUGAUUCCAAAGUGAUUGGUUUACCGUCUUAUAAAAGAGCUUAGAUUUUUAAUUUGGUUUGGGCGGGCUGAUAAAUGAGCUUACCUUGCGACAAAGCUAAUGAUAGCCUUGUGGUCUACCACACAUUUGGGUGUUUUUAGGUUUCGAGUUGAGCCUCUAAAUUUACUUUUGUCAUUAACUGCGUGCUUUUUUUGUUGACUUCAGUUCUGGGAGGUGAUAAGUGACGAACAUGGCAUCGACCCGAGCGGGUCAUACCAGGGAGACAGCGAUCUGCAGCUGGAGCGGAUCAACGUCUAUUACAACGAAGCAUCAGGUUAGCUCCACUUUGCUAAAGCUCGCAGUAUUCACACUUAGGUUAUCUCAUUUCUGGGUGAGCCGAUGUAAUUCAAUACCACCCACAAGGCUUGAUAGUACCGUGGCCAUCCAGCAGGGGGUAUUUAUCCUGCUUGGAAACCACUGGAAGGCCCAACUCCAACCUGCCAAACCAGUUUGCCCCACCUUACUGGUUACCGUGGCCUCGUUCCCAUGAUACAAUGAAAGAACAACAAACCCUCAUUUAACGGAAGCAUCCACAACUUCACAGACAUUAAAUGCAUGGACCUUAUUAAGGUCAACAUUUUUGUCUUAAUAGUGUCCUACUUUAAAAAGUUACACUAUAUUGUGUUUUUAUGAUGACAGAACAUGAAAUUGAAUUAAAUUUCCCUUAGGCGAUAAAUAAAGUUCUUAUUUUAAAAUCAUAAAGCUCACAAAAUCAACAUGUUUUAUAAUACAUUGUGGAAAUUUCAGUCACUUGAAGCUUCAUUAAAAUGUCUUUUGCACAUUGUUUUAUAAUCACGAAUAUUAGUGUGGAAGUGCAUGACUAUAUUUUUCCACUGCUUAGACAAAGGCAGGAGUUACCUUAUUAUUUUGGGCAAUUGCAACAUGGGAUGUCUUUGUCUUGCCAAUCAUAGCAACCAACCUUUUGUUUCGUUUUCUAGAUUGUAAAAUAUAUAUAUAUUUUUCUGUGAUAUGGAGAUAGUAAAAUGACAGGGCCCACAGAGGAAAAUGGGAGGAGCAUAAGAAACAGUUUUUUUUUUUGUGUGUGUAACCAUUUUUUUUUUUAAAAAGGAGCAGUGAUUUUGCAAUUUGAGGCAAUGGAAAAUGACCUGGUGAGUGCUGCUCAAAGCAGAAAAUAAGAAUCAGAAAAGAAGGAUUUGAAGAGAAAAGUGAGAAAAGCCUCUCAUCUUUCUACAGCUUUUAUUUAAAUACUAAUUUUAUCUUCAAGUUCUAUUAUAUCUUUAUUCUUAAUAUAUUGUGUAUUUGAUUAUUCUUCUUUUCUGUAAAUAUGCUGCUGGAAUUUUAAUUUGCUUGAGGGAACCUUCCCAAAAGGAAAAAUAAAGUUGUAUCUAAUCUAAUCUAAUAUGAAGUAGAAAAAAGCUACUUUAUGUAUGAAUGGGCUACAGACUUUUAUUAUACUGUAAUUAAAAUUAUUUCUAACUAGCGCUACACAAAGCCCAUUGUCAAUGACAAAUUAGCAUUUCACAGCUCAAACUAUGGGCAGUUUGUAAAUUACAUUCUCUGCCUGGGACAUAUAUGAACUGAAAAUGUCCCUGAACUGAGUUUUUUCUUGAAUGUAUACCAACAACAGACUACUGACAAUUUAAUUUUCUUAACAGUAACUAAAAGUGUGCUUCUGCUUGAGUAAUUGGUUCAAUAAUUUUUGUGUAACUUCCAGUUUUUGCCUCCUCUGUGUUUUCUUCACCAGGCGGCAAGUAUGUCCCUCGUGCAGUGCUGGUCGACCUGGAGCCUGGCACAAUGGAUUCUGUGAGGUCUGGUGCCUUUGGCCAAGUCUUUAGACCAGACAAUUUUGUCUUCGGUGAGCAUAUAGGAUGUUGAUGUACUUCAUCUCUUAACCUAGAUAGAUGAAAUUCCCCUGGUGUGAGAACUGUAGAGUAGUUUUCCACUGCCCAGCCUUAGAAAAGUUCAAUUUGAAAAGUAUUCACAUCACACUGCAGGUAAAUGAUAUGAUAGUGUCAUAUUUCAAGUAGAACAUGAUCCAGGAAGUGCUUACUCUGCAGCUGUGAUAGAUGUCCGUAUUUGCAUGUGACACAGGUCAGAGUGGAGCUGGCAACAACUGGGCCAAAGGUCACUACACUGAGGGAGCUGAGUUGGUGGACUCAGUCCUGGAUGUGGUGAGGAAGGAGGCAGAGAGCUGUGAUUGCCUCCAGGGCUUCCAGCUUACACACUCACUGGGAGGAGGUACCGGCUCUGGAAUGGGCACACUGCUCAUCAGCAAAAUCCGAGAGGAGUAUCCAGACCGUAUCAUGAACACUUUCAGUGUGGUGCCCUCACCCAAGGUUCAUACAACAAACACUGUUAUUCUAAAAGCAUGUUUCCUCACCCAUAUGCUUGUCUCAUCUUUAAUGAUGUCUUUCCUUCUCUCUUUCUCUCUCCCUCUCUCUCAUACCCCAGGUGUCAGACACAGUGGUAGAACCAUACAAUGCCACCCUCUCCGUUCACCAGCUGGUGGAGAACACAGAUGAGACCUACUGCAUUGAUAAUGAAGCCCUGUAUGACAUCUGCUUCCGCACACUGAAACUCACCACGCCCACCUAUGGUGAUCUCAACCACCUUGUUUCAGCCACCAUGAGUGGGGUGACCACCUGCCUGCGCUUCCCUGGCCAGCUCAACGCUGAUCUGAGGAAACUGGCUGUCAACAUGGUGCCCUUCCCUAGGCUGCACUUCUUUAUGCCGGGCUUCGCCCCCCUGACGAGCCGUGGCAGUCAGCAGUACAGGUAGAAAGGAGGGAGCUGACUUUUACAGACUUAAUCAGGCUGUAUGUCAAAGCAGGUGAAAUUAAUUCAAUUUGAACUGUCUUCACUCUAUAGGGCACUGACAGUUCCUGAACUGACGCAGCAGAUGUUUGAUGCCAAGAACAUGAUGGCAGCAUGUGACCCCCGGCAUGGGCGCUACCUGACAGUCGCCGCCAUCUUUAGAGGCCGCAUGUCCAUGAAGGAGGUGGAUGAGCAGAUGCUCAACGUGCAGAACAAGAACAGCAGCUACUUUGUGGAAUGGAUUCCCAACAAUGUCAAAACCGCUGUCUGUGACAUCCCUCCCCGGGGCCUCAAGAUGGCAGCCACCUUCAUUGGCAACAGCACAGCCAUUCAGGAGCUGUUCAAGCGUAUCUCAGAGCAGUUCACGGCCAUGUUCCGCCGCAAAGCCUUCCUCCACUGGUGAGUGAAAGAAAACUAGUGAGAGCAGUGAGAAGGUGCCCCAAUAUUAGUGCAGGACUGUUCAAAUGUCGAAACUCGGUCAGUUGUCAUGCAUUUGUGUCAUGUGUCAAAACUCAUUAGCGAGUAUUGUCUUGUCUCAGGUACACUGGCGAGGGCAUGGAUGAGAUGGAGUUCACAGAGGCUGAGAGCAACAUGAAUGACCUGGUGUCUGAGUAUCAACAGUACCAGGAAGCCACUGCUGAGGAGGAGGGCGAGUUUGAGGAGGAGGAGGUCGAUGAUGAAAUGGCCUAAACGGUGCCAUUCACUGUUGGGCUGGACAGUGUGAAUCAAAUCAUCUUUUCUUUUAUGACAAAAACAAAAGUUCUGACUCAGUUCGUUUACAUGGACUCGAGUAUCCUGGUUAUGAUUCACUCUUAUUUUGCUGUCGGGACUUCUUGUCUCCUUCUUCUAAGAUGUGAAUGUUUGAAACCUGUUCUUUCUUGUUUGUGUUGAAAGAAAAUGUGACACUUAGCAGUUUGAGGCACUCUCUGCUGAAAAUGACACUUCUGUCUCAUGAAGAACGUCAUUUUCAUCAGAACGAAAAACCUUAUCCAAAGUAAAGAAACUCUCCUUUGAUGCACUGAAGGACUAAAAGCUUUAAAGGGUGUCAGGAACUGCUCCCUGUUACAUUUAUGCACAUUUUUGCUGGCUGUAGAAACACAAAGCUGAGUUUUAAUAAAGAUUUUUCAAAUUGGUGCUAUACUGUAC